CUUUUGUAGUGCGUUUCCAAACUUUUGGAGGGCAGUGGAGGGCACCCUUGCCUCAUUUAGUAUACAUGGUUCUAUGAAUAUGCAAAUUAACCCCGCCUCCACUCACUCGCACCAGUUCAGAGAUCCACUUGUUGGCGAUCACACCUUGACGUGAUUGGUUACAAUGUAGUUUGUGAUGUAAGAAACGCCAGCAACUAUCUUUGGUUCACUGCAGUUUUAAGGAGAAAAUACUCAGCAGUGGUGUUGGCUUAUGAAUUUGCACAUGGUUUGACUUAAAGCAUAUUAAAAACACCACAUAGACAUAUAAACAACAUUAAAAACUUGAUUUUCACCACAGCGGGUCUUAUUAACUUCUGCGAUUAUUCCAGCUAACAGGGAACGUUCUGGCAAGGUUCUCUCAAAGAUAUGAACAAACGUUCUAAUAACGUUAAGAGAAGGUUAUCUGGUCUUUAAUAACAUGCACAAAAUCGCCUUUUUCUGUAACAUUUCAGUUGUUACUACUUCAGAACAUUCAAAAGUAGCUUUCUCAUAUUUGCAAAAUCAUAAAAGAGAGUAAAACAUUCCCUUAAUGUUCACAUAACCAAGAAAAAACAUGUUCUCAGAACGUCUUUUUCAGCUGGUUUGCUGCGGAUCUGCUGGUUCCAUGUUUCAGAUUUCUCCGUUUCAUGAAGUCACUCGUGCUUCUGACAGGAAGAUGGAAGCGACUGCGCAGACGUGCCAGCGUCUGUCUAAUAUCAACAUGUGCUGGAUGUUGGCGGACGGUCAGCUGGACACAUAUUGAUCAUCUGCUUCGUGUUACUCUGAAUCAUCAGGCCAGAUAUAUAACUCACAUCUAACAAUGUUCUUGCCAUGUCCGUCUCUCCUGCAGAAAGCCAUGAUUCAGUGUGCUGAAUGACUGAUGUCUCGCAGCUUUAGUGAUGAGGUUUAUCAUUUAGAAAUCUUCUGAGUGCUUCAAACGCUUCAUUUAAGUUGCGUUUCUUUGUUCCAGUGUGUUUGUUGUGUUUUCGUAGGGCAGAACGUGGAUUGUUGGUGGCUUACAGAUGCAUUCGGAGCGCUCGUCUGACAUGGUGAAUGAUGAUUUAGCACCGAGAUGCAUCUGAAGAUCGUUCUGCAAGAAAUCAGUGUUGAUUUUGGACGCUCGUCAGAGUCUCCGGGUCGUUUAAGGGGAUGAAAUAUUAAGUAGCUGAUUAAAAGUCUGAUAUCAUCUGCAGUGGUUUGUACAGACAGAUGUUUCCCCGAGACGGUUCAUGCGGUUCCUGCAGCUUCGGGGUUUGGUCUGAAGAAUGUGUGAUGAUUUCAGGAAGUGCUGCUGGCGUCUCAGAUUCAUCCCAGCAAUCCAGUGAAAACACGCUUUAAUUUGCACAAACACUGAGCCGUGAAAAGUGGAAACAAAAAGAGUGAGAAGAACAAGAAAGCAGUGAAAGCAGCCGGCGGCGUCAGUGACGGUUCGUUCACCGCUGACAAAGACGAUUGUCCUCCGCUGGGUCUGGAGACACUGAAGAUCGAUGACUUUCAGCUCCACGCAUCCACCAUGAGACACUACGGUCUGGGGCCGCACAGGGGCCGAUUGAACAUCCAGGGUGGUCUGUUAGAGGACGACCUGUAUGACGGCGGCUGGUGCGCAGGACGAAACGACCCGCUGCAGUGGUUUGAGGUGGACGCGCGCAGACUCAUGAAAUUCACCGGUGUCGUCACUCAGGGACGGAGCUCACUCUGGUCGAGUGAUUGGGUGAGCUCAUAUAAAGUUCUGCUCAGUAAUGAUUCUCACAGCUGGGUGACGCUGAAGAAUGGCUCCAGAGAUCUGAUUUUCAUUGGGAAUCGAGAGAAGGAGAUUCCCGUCCUCAACACUUUCCCGAAACCCAUGGUGGCUCGUUACAUCCGCAUUAACCCUCGAUCCUGGUUCCCCAGUGGCGGCAUCUGCAUGCGUGUAGAGAUCCUGGGCUGCCCGAUGCCAGAUCCAAACAAUUAUUACCGGAGAAGAAAUGAAGUGACGACAACAGACAACCUGGACUUCAGACACCACAGUUAUAAAGAGAUGAGACAGCUGAUGAAGGUGGUGAAUGACAUGUGUCCGAACAUCACACGCAUCUACAACAUCGGCAAAAGCUACAACGGACAGAAGCUGUACGCCAUCGAGAUCUCGGACAACCCCGGCGAGCACGAGCUCGGUGAGCCCGAGUUCCGCUACACGGCCGGUUCCCACGGUAACGAGGUGCUGGGCCGCGAGCUGCUUCUGCUGCUCAUGCAGUUCAUGUGUCAGGAGUAUCUGAGCGGAAACCCACGCAUACGCCACCUGGUGGACGAGACGCGCAUCCACCUGCUGCCCUCCAUCAACCCCGACGGCUACGAGAAGGCCUUCGCAGCGGGCUCGGAGCUCAGCGGAUGGUCUCUGGGCCGCUGGAGUCACGACGGCCUCGACAUCCAUCACAACUUCCCUGAUCUCAACGCUGUUCUCUGGGAAGCAGAGGCUCGGAAUUGGGUUCCGCGCAAAUUCCACAACCAUCACGUGCCCGUCCCGGACUGGUACCGCUCCGAGAACGCCACCGUGGCUGUGGAGACGCGCGCUCUGGUGUCGUGGAUGGAGAAGAUCCCGUUCGUGUUGGGAGGGAACCUGCAGGGCGGCGAGCUGGUGGUGACCUUUCCGUUCGACCGCACGCGCUCAGUGACGGCGCUCCGGCAGCUGACGCCCACCGCCGACGAUCACGUGUUCCGCUGGCUGGCGUUCUCGUACGCGUCCACGCACCGCCUCAUGACCGACGUCAGCCGCAGGGUCUGCCACACCGAUGACUUCGCCAAGGAGGACGGCACCAUCAACGGGGCGUCGUGGCACACGGCUGCAGGAAGUAUGAAUGACUUCAGUUACCUGCACACCAACUGUUUCGAGCUGUCCAUGUACGUGGGCUGCGAUAAAUACCCGCAUGAGAGCGAACUACCGGAGGAGUGGGAGAAUAACCGCGAGUCUCUGCUCGUCUUCAUGGAACAGGUGCAUCGUGGGAUCAAAGGUGUGAUCAGAGACGUUCAGGGGAAAGGAAUCGCUAAUGCCAUCGUCUCUGUGGACGGAAUCAAUCACGACAUUCGCACAGCGUCUGACGGCGAUUACUGGCGUCUGCUGAAUCCCGGUGAAUACCGCGUGACGGUCCGCGCCGAGGGCUUCAGCGUCAGCAGCAAGGUGUGUGCGGUGGGAUACGACAUCGGCGCCAGCAGGUGCGACUUUGUGCUCGGACGCUCCAACCUGUCACGCAUCAAAGAAAUCAUGCAGAAAUUCAACAAGCAGCCAAUCAGCAUGCGGGAGCGACUGAGACAGCGCCGCCUACUGGACACAUAGAGGGUGUGAGUGUGUGUGUACGAGUGUGUGUUUGUGUGUGUGAGAGAGUGUGUGUGGACAGAAGCGACUGCGGCGUCACUAAUAAUCACCUGUAUUGUGUACAGGAGCUGUUUAUCAAGAGAGUAUUUUAUAUAAUGGAUCAUCUUCUUUUUAUUGAUGUUUACGGCUUUAAUAUAUUUCUGCUGAAGCAGAUUCAUUCCUCCAGCUUCUCUAAUAGUUUCUUCAUUCAAUAACGAGUGACUCCAGCUCUUCUCUGCUUCAUUUUUAUUGAGUUUAAUGUCAUUAUAGAGCAUCUGUUCAGACAGUGACGUUCAUUACAAGCUUAUAGACUCACGAUAAUCAAUUAAUUUGAAUUACAUGAUCUUCCCCACAUCUGUUGAACAGAGUGAAUGAAAACAGGUCACGGGUUCGACUGGAUGAACUGAUUUAAAUGUCAGUCCAUCUCCUUAACUGUAAGCAAAGCUCUUCUGCCUCAUAUCAGCGUCUGUUUACAUGCUCACAACAUCAUCAGUAUUAUCAUAUUUGAAAUGUUUUGUUAAAUUCCGUGUCAUUUCUGAGAAUGUAUUGAGAAUAUUCAUACAUACAACAGCAAUAAAGCUUCAGAGAACUGAUCCUAA